AUGACCAUCGAACUUGAAAUCCUAAACACGUACAGUCUACCGUGUCCAAUUGGACCUGUUGUAGCAAAAAGCUUUAAAAAUUAUGAUUGGCUGGCAGUUCGUGUGCUUCCAAAACUUUUCCACAUAUUCAUAAACGGCUCGUUAAGACAAAUAUGGCGUUUCCCUGCUGAACCGAUUGAAAUCUCACUAGAGCAUAGUGUACCAAAUGAUGAUUUUAUAUCUGUCUUGGUAGCCACAGCAGACGGGGCCAUGUUACGAAUGCGGUCCAAUCUUGGAUUGUAUAGUGAUAAAAGAAAUCUGGACCGUGAUUUCAGCGACAGUUUCGACGUUUCAAGGCAUGCCAAGAAAUCGCGUAGAAUGUAUAGCACAGACUCGGAUAAUGAUGUGGUUAUGUUAUCGAGUGAUGAAAACUUGUCACCAUACGUUGUACCGAUGUCUGCUCCUACAAUUCUAAAUGUCAGCGGUGAGCAUUUAAUUUACAAGCAGGCAAGUGUAAUCGAUGCGUUAAAUAAUUUCGAUAGCCUUUCUUGUGACAUUUUAUUGAUUGGACUUUCCGACGGUGUUAUCCUCUCCCGACAACUGAACGCCGCUCUUGCCACACCAUUGAUUAUGACUGCACUAAGUGAACCGAUUCAAGCGAUGUACGUCCUGCCAGUUCAACGAGGAGAACUCCAGGAUACGCCGCUUACGUUCAGUAUGAGUGUUACUGAUACAAAUGUUAAUAACGCACUGCUUAUUAUUGGAGCGCAUGGGACAGUCGGAUUGAUGACAACUGAUCCGAGUGCAAGUGACAAUAAAGCACAAAAAUCGCUAUACAGAGAGUACAAUGUUCCUUGCCCUGUCUAUUCAUCUUUCCUGUACAAGAAAUAUUUGCUGCUGGCUGUCGGCGAUGGUCGAAUUGUGGUCAUUGAUUUCAAUCAAAAUGUGAUUGAAAAUGGUCAACUCGUAUCACUGCAUCUUAGCACGCUUAAGCUUCCCGUUGGUAUAAUUAAACUGUGCUACAUCGGGUCUGUCGGGGGUUUAUCUGAGGAAAUAUUAUACUCUGUAACAAAGGAUGGUCGUAUACUUAGAAUGAAGUUGUCUGUUGUCCUAAGCAAACAAUCAACAGGAAGACGCGUGGAAUCAGCAGCCGAAUUGAAGAAAGAAAUCAAAAGUCAAUUAGGUUUAAUUGCAGAAUGUUCCGAGAAGCAAUCACAACUGGAGAAGACUUCACAGCUGUUAUCGUCGGCUAUUGUUGCACGUAAUCGUGUGAUUCACGAGCUACAAACCUUUGCAAAAAAGUCGAUCGAUACUCGGGCCACGCAGUUUGCUGUUACUUGUCUCCCUAUAACAUUACCCGUGUCUUUGUACGGAACUAUUGUAACGAGGACAUUCAUUCGCGUAAAGAUAACUAAUAGACUACAGAUCGACUGGUCACAGGGCUGGACAUUGAUGAUGAUCAUGUCGGCUCAUGUUUAUGCCCAUAACGGAAACCCAAACUCGAUUGUAUCAUAUUCAGUCCCGUUAGUAAAUAUGGAAUCUGAAUGGGAACGAGACGUAGAAGUCAAUCUACGUUUAUUAUGUCUACCAAUUAACAUAAAAAUUGACUUGUGCUUCUCCCCUCUAAAGCCUCCGCCAGAGCCGGGAAUCAAAAAUUUUAUUAGACCAUGCCCGCAAGAUAUUUUACAACGACUUCAGAAGCAUAGACAUUUCGGGAAUAAUCACGGUGCUGGUUUUAUUGUACCGAUGGAUGGACAUUUCUUUGCAACAAAGAGCGAUUUCAGAAAAACAGCCGAGAAACUCAUAGCUCGAUUUCACACAAAUAGAGGAGUAGAGGUGAAUACGCUUACAUGGUCAGACUUUAUUUCAUCGUUCAACAUAAGAACAGUAGUAAUCAAGUUCCGUCUUGGUUGGUUCAACUAUCAAAAUGUUCAAAUGAACAGUGAAGAGAAAUACGCUUCAACUUUGGAAUCAGCGUGGAGACGGUGCUUGUCGAUAUUAUUGGGAGAUUACAUUGAAGAGCAGUUACUUCACGAGAUUAUCAAGGCAGCUGAUUAUGCCGCCUUUUUAACACCGUUGAGUUUAACGCCGGUUGUAUUGAAUAUGAGGAAACUGGAUGCAGGCGAGCAAAGUUUGGAUACUACGGCGGUUGAGUUAAAAAUCUCAUGCCAAGCCCCUGAAGUUGUCUUGUUUACAGAAGAAGCGAUCUUGCGGCGUUUACAAGAAUUGAUGGAUAACUCGUCUAAUUCAAUCACAAUGGACAUUGACUUUCAAGAUUCGAAUUCAAUACUCCAAAACAUGAAUACAGAAUACGCAAGAUUAACCACUACUCUGGCAACAGAUAAAUCUUCAAACUGGAAUGAUAUCGCACAUCGUGUAGAUGAAUUAGAAGACCAAUUGAGGAGGCUAAUUAUUAGUAUACAUGACAAAAUGGAGACUGUUUGGAUACCUGGUGUAGUUCGAGUGUAA